UGGCUUGAAGAUAUGAAUUUUAUUUUCUAGUGUUACUAAAAAUACUGUUUACCGCUUGCAAAUAAAACUUGUCUUUGCUCGUGUCCUCUACACCAUGUAUGUAUUGCUCGUCAGACGAUGUGUAUUACCCAUUCCUAGAUGCUGGCUCUUUACCGAAUUAUUGUGCGUUUCUUGGAGCAGAUAAUAUAAAACCUUGAUUCUAGUAUACAUGAACCUGGCAUACGAACUGCACAUUUGCAGUGUUGUAAUUGUUCGUGGAUGUAAGAUAGAGCUGAUUUUAUUUAGGAGGUCGUUCAGGACGCUAGCAGUGUUUACCACAAGCCACUACCUGAAUGUCUGAAUGAAGCAAUCAAUCAGGUUCUUCCGCAGAAACCGAAAGAUGAAAUCAAAAUCAUUGAUGUUGCAUCCGGAACGGGGUUGAUGGCAGUCGAGCUUCAAAGACUCGGCUACACCGCCCUGUGCGCUCUCGAUAUCUCAGACGGAAUGUUGAAUGAAGCCAAAAAGAAAAACGUGUACAAGAAGUUCAUCUGCGCCGCUCUGACCGAUCAGGAAAUUCCCGAGAUUCAAACAGGAGAGUUUGAUGCUCUGAUUUGUGGUGGUGCGAUGUUCAAGGGACAUAUUCACUCGUCUGCGUUAACUGAGAUGGUUAGGAUUGUUAAAACAUGUGGUCUUCUUUGUUUUAAUAUUCGCGACAGUAGAGCAGAUGACUUCAAAGGAAAGAUUCUAGAAUUGGAGAAUGUAGGCAUAUGGGAAAAUGCCUGCAAAAAGAUGGUGCCUUACUUCGACAGAGAUGAGCUGCCAAGUGAAACUUCAGCGUUUGUUUAUAAAAUUCUGAUGAAAUAACCAGAGGCGGACAUACCGUAGAUGAACGAAACAAAAGCGUCGAUUCCAUAUCGGUUUCCGUGAAAUUAAUUCACAUUAACGAAAAUAAAAGCACACUAGCAUAGCUGGAACGUUGAUCAAGCGUUUCAUUGAAAUUGAGGUUGAAAUAAAUAACUAUAAUUUAACACACGUGCAAGUAAAUGUGAAACAGACAUAGUGAGAGAAUAAUAUGUAUUUUAAAAUUUUAGUCAUGCAUCAUCGUGGAGACUUCGACCUAUAACAAGGAAAGCUCGACAAUUAAGUCACCACUCCAGAGUGAUGGGCUCCUGUCCAGAGAUAUGAGUAGGACAAUUUUGGAAAAAUAUUGUACCAAGUCAGUAAAUAAUAAAGGGGGCGUUUAAUUUACCAUCAAACUGUCAUGCAGUUAAUAUGAUCUCACAAGAUUUGUUAGGAAAGGUGAAAAAAUGGAAAAGAAAAGACUGCAAAUCAAGGCAAAGCAAAGAAAACGUAAGGAGAGGAGACAAAGGGAAGAUA